GCUGACACUUUGCCGAAAAAACGCAUAUACCAUCGACAUAAUUUCAUUACGCUGCUGUCUAUUAUCGAAGCCGGUCAAGUGUCCAACACGUUUAUAUCUUGUGCGUUUUGUUAAAAUUGUGAAAUCGUUGAAAAAAUGGGAGAUUCACUUGUUCGUGCAGUUGAGAAUGAUGAAUCAUUCAAUUUGUUAUACACAUCAUUGAAUGUUGACAAAACAUCACAAACGGAUGAAAUUAUCCAAGUUGAAUCAUUGAUAGGAACAUUGACGAGCGUUCGCGAAAAAUACGAUCAGGUUUGCAUCACAAUGGCCAUCGAAAUGGACACGAUGGAAGACCAACAUCACCAUGAAAUGACUGAAUUGAAGGUCAACAGUGACAAACAGUUGCAAAAUUUGAAUGAUACCAUUUAUCAUUACGUCGAAGAGAUAAAUGCGAAGAAUGCCAAUAUAAUGGAGACGACAUCACUAAACAACGGUUUUAAGUCGCUCGUGGAGUCGAUUCGUCGACAGAUUGAUGAAUUCUUCGAUAAAUUAAAUCGGAAUUCGGUGCAAAAACUUGUUAUCGGGGAUGUGGUUUCGGUGGAUAGUGAUUCAGAAACUGGGGGAGGAAAUUACGAUGCGAUUGAAGCGGAACAGCCACAGGAAAAUGGUUCAAUGGAAAAGGUUCAACCAAAUGAUGACUUGGAAGUACAGAUUGGUCACGAACAAGCAGAAAAUGAACCAAAUACAUCGAACAACAUUAACGAUGAAAGCGUUGAUCCAAAUGAGGAAAUGAAAGAAAAUGUUCCGCCGCAGAGCACACCCAUCGCCAAGGUUGAACCAUCGGUGGCCAAUGUGACUGAUACUGGUGAUGGCGUCGAUAUUGUCGUCGCUACUGUUGUCUCCACCGCUGUUUCAGAAAAUGUUGUUCCAGAAAACAAGCCAUCAACGGCCUCAACCAUCACAGUUGCAUCAAACACAUCGCAAUCAAAGCUGUCAAAGGUUGACAAGAAAAAGAAUCGUCAAAAGAAGAUUGUCAAACUGGUGAAAAAACUAUUCGUUUGCCCCUUAUGUGACGAUGUGUUCACCAAGGAGCCAAAAUUUUGGGUACAUUUCAAAAGUCAUAAACCGGGACGGUUUGUGAAGCGAAAGCACCAAGCCAUUGAGACCGAUGAUGACGAUAACAACACCAACGAUGACGAUGACGAUGACGAUGAGACCGACGAUGGCCAUUUCGAACCGCAACGUCCAAUGGUCAAGCGUAAGAAGAUCGCAUCCAUGUAAGAGAACAAUCUGAAUUUGAAAGUUCCAACAGGCCAUAGCCAAAACAUUUAAUUAUGUCAUUUUUUUCAACACUUUUCUAUAACCGUUCAAUUUAAUUAUUUUUUUUUUUUAAGAAAAAAAAAACACGAAAAUUAGUGAUCGUCUUUUGUACUGCGUUACAAAAUAAUCGAUAUCACAUUCGAAUUUAAAAGUUACUCUCUCUCGCUCUCUCUAGAGAUGAAAAAAAGUCCGAUAGUUUUUCCGGAAAAAUUAUUCCGAUCUGACGAUUCGAUCAGUGGCGUAGCGUACAAAUAUUUACCAAUUUUGUUUUUGUUCUCUGCAAAUUAGAAAUAAAUAUAAACCAUGAUUCACAUUAUUAUAAACACGCAUGAAAGUUAUAUCAAAUAGAAUCGACUUCUGGAUAGAAUUUUCUUUGUAAUAAAAAAUUACGAUCUUUUUUUCCUUUGUCGAAACACCUCCCCCCGCGAAAUAAAGUUCACGCUACGCCACUGGAUUCGAUUAAUUAAUUCGAUAUUUAAUACAUUUGAAAUGUAAGUUCGUUAAGAAAUGAAUAUAAUCCAAAAUACAAAUAGUUGAAAUAAAAUGUAAACAGUGUACCAAAA